GACCUUUAUUGUGAAGUUAGCAAGCAAGGACCACAUCUUCAUUAACUUGCACAAAUUGCUGCUACUACAAGGAACUCUAAUUACUAGUGGAAAACGCGCAAGUUAUGAUGAACUUGCUGAAAUAAAACGAGAAACUACAACAUAUAGUAAACGGGUCAUCCUAAAGACAGGAGGAUCCUCUUUCUCUUGGUUUUAGUUCAGUCAAUGACCAUAGAUUGGCUAGCUAGCUAGGAGCUACCUUGCUGUUUCAGGUCUCAGUUCUCGGCAAGCUGACUAAACGUGCCCAAGUUAAGACAUUUGUCCUUCUCGCAGGUAAAGGAACAGUGUGACCUUAAUAUGGACAAUAGCACUAUUUAUGUCCGAGAAAGAAGCAACCUCCGUCGUGUUGGUGACAUAAUCUUGGCACAACCAAAGCCGGUGUCAUCAUGCAGGAGGACAAAUCCGUUGGUGCUGAGAAAAGAGCGCUUCAUCUUCACCUACAAUGCAGAGGGAAGUCUGAGAUACACCACAAAAUCUCUCUUUGACAUCACUCUGUUAUUCGUAGCUGACAACAUUCACCAUGUGGACUCACUGGUGGGCUUCCCCGAGCAAAUCGGAGAUAGACUCUUUGCAGCAGCAGAGGAGAAUCGUGUGUUUUUAAACGUAGAUAUUUCCACAAAAGCCCUGCAGUUAUUCAGCGAUGCGUAUGGGGAGAUGGUGCUUGGAUCUCUCUGUUUAAGAAAUAGAUUUCCUCUACUGCAUGAGAGAAUGGAUGAAAUUAAGACAUUUCAUAGUUUGAAGUCUCUGGAUCUGUUUGGCUGCAGGCUGGGUGAUGAUCAUGAAAUGUUCUUGCAUCUAACAUCCAGCUCAUUGACAAGCUUGAUUCGACUUUUCCUCGGUGGUAACAGUCUGUCUGAUAUUGGCCUACAAAGACUGACUGCACCUAUUCGGAUGAUGAGGAAGGGACUGGACUGUCUUAAGUUACUCGAUGUUUCCUAUAACCCUAUCUCAGAGAGGGGACUCAGAUACCUCACAUGCCUCCCCAAGCUUGAAAAACUUGAUGUAUCUGGGGCCGAUUUUAAGCUUGGCACAAGAUUGAAGACAACCAUAUGGGAUCUGUUGGGUCUCAUUUAUUCUGAGAAACCACUGGACACCUUUGAUCACUCGAUGUGUAAAACAGAAGGUUGGGCUGAGCAGGUUGUAAACCAGUGGGAAACAAAUGGCUCACAAAUGCCAAAACAGAAGAAAAUUGAUGAAUCCAGAACAUCAGCGCUUCGCUUUUUUGGCAGGCAGAAGUUUGUCCGAGAAGUACUGAAUGCUGCGCCCUUCGUAUCUGAGAGUGACAAAGAGGCCAAGAGAGAGAGGCUGCAUUUCUACAGACCAGCAACAAACAGUCACACGCCAGAGGAACAGACUCGUUCAAAAACAAAUCAUCAUGCGAAGGCUUCCUGGCACGAUCUCAAAAAAAGACCACGUCAGUCGGAAAAGUGCGACUGUCCACGUCAAAGCCCUCCUCCAAAACGUUUGUCCUCAUCAGCUCUUACUGCAGAGGACAUUGACUUGCUGAACAGCUACUGAGAUAUGUGUCCAUGUAGCAUUCCACACAGUAGAGUGGACAGCAGCGUUUGUAUGCCGGUUACUCAACAACAUUUAUCCAGACAUGAACAUGAAUAUUUUCCAAGGUGAUUAACACUGGUGAUCUGCAAACACUUUUGUUGGAUGUAGUGAGGGGUUUUUAUAUAUUUUUAUAAAUAAAGUUAAGUAAUUUGUA